AUGCCACCAUUCGGCUCCACGGGACCUCACUCGCUAUUCGCCAUGAGCUGCCAGACGUCUCCGUCGUCUAUUUUCUCCCCGUCCUCUCUUUCCUCUGCAGCUAUCGCUCCCUCCUCCUCUCUCGUCCGCUCGUCACUACCCCGUUCCUCUCCCCUUUCGCGUCAACUCAAUUCUCACCUUACCUCGUCCGCGACUCGCUCCCAUGCUGCCUCCUCCGUGUUUCACGGCGCGUUUGACGGCCUGCACCGUCAGAAGCUCCCCAGCAACCGCUCCUCCUCCUCUCUUUCUCACUCCGCGGCCUUCCACGAAGCUGCGGACCGUCAUAUUCAGGCUCCAUCUCUCCCUACGAGCGCCGCCGCCGACGCCGCUACUUGCGGCCGGCGCGCGGUGGUGACAGCGGUAUUCGAGCGUUUCACGGAGCGGGCGAUUAAAGCCGUGAUGAUGGCUCAGGCGGAAGCUAAGGUGCUCGGGCGGAAAGAGGUCGCGACGGAGCAGCUACUGCUGGGUCUAAUCGCGGAGGAUUUCGCGAGCGGCGGGAAACCCGGCGGAUAUCUCGGCUUGGGGAUGACUAUCCGCAGCGCGCGGGGCGCCGUCGGCGAAUUGAUUCGAGACGGCCGGCUGCCAGCCGCGGGAGGUCUGCCGGCCGGCAAGCCGGCGUCGGAGGUGCCUUUUUCGAGCGGCAGCAAGCGGGUGUUUGAGAAGGCACUGGAAGAAUCGCGGAAGCAUCGCCAUAACUUCAUUGCGCCAGAGCAUCUUGCAGUGGCGCUGGUGCAAGUGGAACACGAGGGAGCGGCGCUGGUGAUGGGGAGUCUGGGAGUGCAGCAGCAUCGCCUGCACGAGGCAGCGUUGGCGCGGCUCAAGGGCGAGCUGGAUCGAGAUGGGCGCUCCUCGGAGUCGAUCACCAACCCCUCCUCGCGCCCUUCCACCAGCCCCACCAGUCCUACUAGCAAGUCUCCCAGUUCCCCAAUCCGCAAGGGGCGCGGGAAGAAAGCGCAGCAAAGCGCGUUGGAGCAGUUCUGCACGGAUUUAACAGCUAUGGCGGUGCAGGGGGGGAUCGACCCCGUGAUUGGCCGAGAGGCGGAGGUCGCGAGGGUGGUGCAGAUCCUCGCGCGUCGCACCAAGAACAACCCGCUGCUGCUGGGCGAGCCAGGCGUGGGCAAGACGGCCAUAGCGGAGGGGCUGGCUCUGCGCAUUGCCGAGAACGACGUGCCAACGUUCCUGCAGGGCAAGCGCCUUCUAUCCUUGGACAUGGGGAGGGUGAUGGCAGGAGCGAAGGAGAGAGGCGAAUUAGAGCUCAGGGUGACCUCUUUGGUGGCAGAGGCGGUGGCAGCAGCGGGGGAGGUGAUUCUGGUGAUAGAUGAGGUGCAUACGAUGGUGGGAGCUGGCGCUGUGGGGAGGGGCAGGGACGGUGGAGGGUCAGGACUGGACAUCUCGAAUCUGCUCAAGCCUGCACUGUCCCGGGGGCAGAUUCAGUGCAUUGCCACAACAACCACUAACGAGUUCCGCAAGCACCUUGAGAAGGACAAGGCUCUGGCCAGGCGGUUUCAACCGGUGACUGUAGACGAGCCCUCGGAGGAAGCCACCUUGGAAAUAUUGCACGGCCUGCGGCACCUGUACGAGGCCCACCACAAGUGCACUCUCUCCGACUCCGCUCUGGCAGCAGCCGUCUCCCUCUCUGCACGCUUCAUCCCCGAUCGCUGCCUGCCCGACAAGGCCAUUGACCUGAUAGAUGAGGCGGCGAGUAGGAGCAGGGUGGAGGGCAGUAAGGGGAGGAGGAGGCGGGCGAGUGGGGUGCUGGAGAGGGGGGCGGAGGAGUAUUGGAGGGAGAUCCGGAUGGCGCAGGCUGCACAUGAAGCGGCAUAUGCUCGCCAGAAUCCCUUCACCUCGCUCACCUCAUUCCUCUCUCAAGACCACGUUCAUGCCGACACCACCACCGCUGCUGAUGCCGCUGCUGCUGCUGGUCGCUCCAAGAGUGGCAUCACUGGCAGUGACAAGGAGGACGGCCCCACGGAGAUCACAGCAGAGCACAUAGCAGCAGUGGCCGCCCACUGGACCGGUAUCCCCCUGCAGCAGCUCUCCCUCUCGGACCAGCAGCACCUGGCAGGGCUGGAAGAGGCACUAGAGACGCGCGUGGUGGGGCAGGGGGCAGCUGUGCGGGUGAUAGCACGGGCGGUGCAGCGAGCGAGGGUGGGGUUGAAGGGGGAGGGAAGGCCGGUGGCGGCUCUGCUGUUCUCGGGACCUACCGGGGUGGGGAAAACGGAGUUGUGCAAGGCACUGGCAGCUCACUACUAUGGAUCGGAAGAUUCCAUGAUUCGUCUAGACAUGAGUGAGUACAUGGAGCGCCACGCUGUCAGCAAGCUGAUUGGAGCGCCGCCCGGCUACGUGGGGUACGGCGAGGGCGGCAAGCUCACGGAGGCCGUCCGCAGGCGGCCGUUUUGUCUUAUUCUCCUGGACGAGAUCGAGAAGGCACACCCGGACGUCUUUAAUCUCCUGCUGCAGAUUUUCGAAGACGGGCGGCUUACUGACUCGCAGGGCCGCCACGUGUCGUUCAAAAACGCCCUGAUAGUCCUGACGUCCAAUGUGGGCUCUCAGGCCAUUGCAAGGGGGGGCACCCACCGAAUCGGCUUCCUCACUCCAGGAGAAUAUGCAUCUGCUGAUGGGAAUAGGGGGAGAGAUGGGGGCAGAGAGGGACGGGCGGAUGCGGGGCGGUAUGCGGCGAUGAAGGAGGUGGUGAUGGAGGAGUUGAAGGCGCAUUUUCGACCGGAGCUCAUGAAUCGGAUUGAUGAGGUGGUGGUGUUCCGAGCACUGGAGAGGGAACAGAUCCGAGUGAUUGCUAACAUGAUGGUCAAGGAGUCGGCUGAUAGACUUGCACAGAAGGGAAUCAACCUGGAAAUUUCUGAAGUACUCAUGGAGCGGAUUUGUGAGGAGGGGUACGACAGGGCGUAUGGGGCGCGUCCACUGCGAUGUGCCGUCACGCGAUUGGUCGACGAUCCAAUCAGCGAGGCUGUGCUGGCAGCGGGGGAAAGCAGCAGCAACACCAGGCACCGCCACCGCCGCGUCAGCAGCAGUGACCUGUCGGAAUCUCUACCAUCCGUUCCUUCGGUGCUGCUCCCUGCGAUCGCAGCUGACGCCAAAGAAGAUGACACCAGCGCACCCCUGGGUGACGUCAGCGGGGUCAGGGAGGGCGCGUUCACAGCUGGCGACACAGCACUGGUGGAUGUCGGGGAGGAUGGGGAGCCGGUGGUGAUCCGCCUGCCUCGCCCUGACGUGUGUGAGAUGGGUCUGUGCCUUCCGUUUCUCAAGCUCCCUGCUGCCGCUGCUCCCACUCUCUCCCUCCCUGACUAA